AUGGCCAGUGCUCCCUCGGAUGACACUUGGAGAGCCUUGUUCAAAAACUUGUCGAGUCCAAACCUGGCAAAGAGAUCCAAGACGCCAGUUAGGGCAGACGAGAACAGCAGGACGUCACAACGCUACGUGGGAGUCUCGGAUGAACGCGUGCUAAAGAAUCGCUCAUCAGAGGAUGUCCAAAGGCCUGUUCUCCGUAAGAGACAGGCAACAGGAUCACGGCCCAACCUCCACAAGGCCUCGGGCUCGACGAUGGAGAUUACAAGAGACCUGAGGACAACACCACUCCACCACCGACCACAUCUUUCAGACCCAACAAACAUAUCUCGAGGCGCAGAACUGCAGCACACCACAGUCAGACCGGCAAGCGGGAUGGACAGCAAUUCAAGCCUCGACUCUUAUCCUCCACCACGACCACGGGAGCAAGCACCCAGCCCAGACAUGCAAGAUCCACACAAUAGAGGCAGGCAGUUUAGCGGAAAUAGCGCAUAUUCGGGAUAUGUCGACAUGGGGCCACCGCCAAAUGCACCUGUUGGCUCAAAUAUGCCGACGCCGCCCAUCAAUAUACCGCAAAACUACUCUGAUGAUGUAGAUCGCAUGCCUAUGCCUCGAAUGCGAGCAAUUUCUGGGCCCUCGCCUCCCAGUCGUCAUCAUCGACCUCCACCAGUCUCGACUCUUCCACCAGUUUUGCAUUUCCCACCGCCGCCUUCAACUGCUCCUCCCACUCGUAUCGAGUUUCACGAAUCCCCUGUUACACCACUAGCCUACUCUGGAUUCCCUACGCCACCGUUGACAGCUGGUCCCUCGUCCCGGUUGACAUAUGGUCACAACCGCGCCAAAUCGUCUACAGACCUGCGAAGCAAGAGUCACUACGAGCGACCAUUCGAUCAGAAUGUUGCAUUCUUGCCUCUCCCAUCCACGAACAAUAUGUCCACAUCCAUUCCUCUCCCGUCCACCAAUAACAUGCCGACAUCUAUUGCUCCCCCUGCACGGCGACAGACUCGCAAGAGUCCUGUACCAGUGCACGCCUGUCUAAGCCUAUCACGCACAGACCGCAUCCGGUUGAUCAAGUUCCCCUCGAGCGUCACUCAAGUCGUCAAAGACGCAAUCCUUCGCUCUUGGGCCAAGGGAAUCCAAGCGGAAAAGGAAAACGCGGGAUCGACGGAAUUCCAAUUACGUGGGAACCCGUGGACCGGACAGGGCGAUGAGGCGAUCCCGGCCAUUUACAUGAUGUGUGAAGUCUCCUCGGCACUCUAUCAUCUCGGAUGGACCCUCGCCAUGGCCACAGAUCUGUCGAAACGUGCAAUGGACAAGGAUACGAUGAUCUAUAGGAGUGGAGAUAUACCGCCUCCCUGCUCGUUUAUGGCCGUUUCCUUUCACGAGGGCGACCGGCUCAGACUCGUCAGGGCACCCGUAGAGGUCAUCAAUGCGGUCAAGAACACAUGGGGAGGCAACAUCCAAAAGGAGAGCUGGAAGCUCGAGAAUGUCGCUUGGGAGUUCAAACUUAUUGGGAAUCCAUGGUGGUCCGUAGGCGACGAGGCCAUUUCUGUACGCAUCUUGCUUCUGAAUAUGCUGGACGUCUUGAGCGCGUAUGGCUGGGAGGUCCAUACAUCGCUGGAUAUGACCGCUGGCCCUGGUGGAUUAGGCAAGAAUGCUGGAUCUGAUACUGACUGCUGGAUCCUCCGCAAGCCGACAUCAUGA